GAGCCGUCACUCUUCAGCGUUCCAGUAUUUUCGCAGAGCACGCUUUGUAGGGUAUCUGACGUUGCUAAUAGCCUGUUGUUUAUUUUCGCGGUCGUCCAGGAGAAAGAAAAAGCAAAAGUCGGUGGAAAACGGCGCAAAGCUACGGAGCAGAACGCCAAAGCGCGCUUACACAACUCUUCCACAAACCACGACGACGAGCACGCGUACGCCGCUAAGCGGCUGCACAACACGCUAAAUCUGCUUGGAAAGCAGCCAGAGAACUACACAAUGUCUCAGUCUUACUUCCCCGGAUCGUCAAAAGUUGCUUCACCCUCCCCUAUGGAGGCGCCCGCGGGCGGGGAGGGGCACUUGAAGGUGGAAGAUGUGCAGGGCGCGUAUGUUGAGCAGAAGGAGCGGUAUGUCAUCGAAAAGAUUGCUGAGGAAGAGCUUUCUCACCAUGCACCAGGUUGCUCAAUGGUAUAGAUGCUUCUGAGGUCAUCCUGCAGAAUCUGCGAAGCUUCAACCAGCACUCCUGGGUGGUUAGGUACCCUCAGUUCCGGGAUCACGUCGAGGAGAAGCCCAAGAACGCCGAAGAUGUCUCAAAGACCUCGCGUCGUAAGAGUGCUCGACGCUCGCUUUCUUUUGCGGACGACACUUCCUUUCAAGCUGAAGUUGUGGUGAGCUCGGCCAGGAAGGGUCUCACCCGUUCUGUCACUCUUGCCACUAUCACCGACGAGACCGCUGUACCGGAGGAGAACGCAGAGAAUGACGAAGAUCGUCUUGUCACAUCAUCUGAGGCCAGCGACUUCCACGUCUUCCGCCUCGAUCUGAAGCUUGGCUCGCACGGCUCCUCGUCCUCACCAGCGUCCCUUGUUACUCAGCUUGAGAAAGCUUCCAUCGCGAACUUACUCGACGAUCGCAUCUCCUCAGCUAUGACGCACCUUGAGAAGCUACGCCUUCGUGUCCAAGACACUGCCUCCAAGGUGCUGGUCACUGGCGACUUGAACGCCGGAAAAUCGACCCUCGUCAAUGCUCUGCUGAAGCGGACUGUCAUGCCCGUUGAUCAGCAGCCAUGCACUACCGCAUUUUGCGAGGUACACGAUGCGACAGAGAACGGUGGUAAGGAAGAAGUUCACAUCCUGAAGGAGGGUGUGGCCUACGACAUCAACAACGACUCGACUUUCACUCGGGCUAGCAUUGCUGACUUCGAGCAAUUCGUAUCAGAAAACGAAAAUGAGCAGCAAAUGCUCAGGGUCUACCUGUCCGACGCCCGGCCUUCGACCGAGUCGCUACUUAACAACGGUGUCGUCGACAUCUCCCUUAUCGACGCACCAGGUCUCAACCGUGACAGUGUCAAGACUACCGCUGUCUUCGCUCGUCAGGAAGAGAUUGAUGUUGUCGUCUUUGUCGUUUCAGCGGAGAACCACUUCACUCUAUCCGCGAAGGACUUCCUCUGGACCGCAAGUAAUGAGAAGGCUUACCUCUUUAUCGUCGUGAACAAGUACGACCAGAUCAGGGACAAGGCUAAGUGCCGCAGGCUCGUUCUCGAGCAGAUCAGGCAGCUUAGCCCCAGUACAUACGAAGAUGCCGAGGACCUCGUCCACUUCGUCGAUUCUGCCGCAGCCCUUCAGACUAAGACCCCAUCGUUCAACACUCUCGAAUCUUCCCUUCGCUCCUUCGUCCUCACGAAGCGCAACAAAUCUAAGCUCCACCCGGCCGCUACGUACCUUGGCCAUCUUCUUUCUGACGUCGACCUUCUUGUGGGCGCCAACGCUAUCGUAGCCCAGGCCGAGCUUGACCAGGCGCGUACCGAUCUCGAACGUUCGCGGCCGGUCCUUGAGAAGAUGAAGAACAGCCAUGAUGCUCUGGAGGAGAGCCUUGAGGGCGUAGAGGAUUGUGGUGCCAGUCGGGCGCGGAUGCGCACUAAGGAGCUCCUUAUGGGUGCGCUCGACUGUGUUGGUGCUGGCAAGCUCGGAGUCAACGUGCCCGAACUCCAUCUCCCAUCCUACCCCGGUUUCUUCGGCCUGUGGGACUAUGUCAAGGAUGUUCGUAAGGCCUUGCUGGUCAGUCUCGACCUCGCUGUCAAGAUUGCCGAGGACGAGGCGCGCAUCACAACCAGCAAUGGCAUCAACAAGAUUUCCGACCUUGAUGAUGAGCACUUACCGGAGGGUGUCGAGCGCUCGCGCCGUGUCUUCAUGCCCGAGGCGAUGUUUUCUAUACGCAACAAGGCUAAUAAGCGCAGGUCGAGGCGCAUGUCGGGAGCCAUCGUUGCAGGCGGCACUCAUGGCCUCGGUAUCGGUCUUGCGCAUCGCUCAGACAUGCUCGAAACGACCUUCUUCGACAUCUUCGACGCCGAGCACCAGUUUUUGGUCCACUUCACCGACGGCUCGAAGAGCAUCGAGGGCGAUGGCGUUUGCAUUACCGCUCUUGGUGUCGCUUCGGUCGGCAUCAGUGCGCUUACCAUGGUCGGUGGCCAGACUCUCGGCAUUCGUGCACUUUUCGAGGGCGUUGUCCGCGCCUCCGACUUCAUCGGCAACGAGAGCGCUCGCAAGUGGGCCGCCGUCAUUAUUGGCACGGCUGUCGUCGGCACUACCGCGUACUACAUCCUCGAGCUGCCCAAGGCUAUACCGAAGACUGUUGGUCGUCGCAUUCGCGCCCAGCUGCUCAGGGACGUUGAGGGCCGCCCUGAGGAGACCUUCGUGGAGUGGAACGCGGACCGGAUCAGCCGGGAGACGCGCAAAGUCCUCCGGCUGGCGUCCUGGGACGUUAGGGCGCGAUUUAAGGGCGCGAUGGAGGAUAGCGGCCACAAGGUAAAGAGCGCGGAGGAGGUCGAGAGGAAGGCACAUGGUGCGCUGGACUACUUCACCGGCGUGCAGGCGAAGACAGGCGAGGUGCGCGAGACGGCGGGUCUGGCCGGCUUUGCCUGAGCGGAAAAGGAGUGAUGAGUAUUUAUCUCUUUUCUCUGACCUUAAACCUUGGGACGCUUCCUUUCCCACCUCGAUUCGCCCAACACAACAUUUUGACAACCGUUGGCAUU